AUUCAUAUUUCAAUAACAAGUAAAACACUAUUUAAAACACUGUUGUUACACAUUGUCCACCAGACGGCCCAAAGAACACCUCAGUGUCAGUCAGUCCCUCUGGUGAAAUAGUGGAGGGCAGUUCAAUGACUCUGACCUGCAGCAGUGAUGCCAACCCACCUGUGGACAAAUACACCUGGUGGUACAAGAAGAAUGGAGGUGACUAUCAGAGUAUUUUUUCAGGACCACAGCAUGUCUUCAACCAAAUCCAGUCAUCUGACACUGGAGAGUAUGAUUGUGAGUCCCAGAAUGAGAUGGGGACAGACAGGUCUAGGACCAUCAACAUGGAUGUGAAGUAUGGCCCAAAGAACACCUCAGUGUCAGUCAGUCCCUCUGGUGAAAUAGUGGAGGGCAGUUCAGUGACUCUGACCUGCAGCAGUGAUGCCAACCCACCUGUGGACAAAUACACCUGGUACAAGAAGAACGUAGCCUCACCAAAAGCAUCAGGACAGAGUUACAGCAUCACUAACAUCAGCUCUGAGGACAGAGGAGAAUAUUACUGUGAGGCCUGGAAUAGAAGAGGAUCUAGGAACUCUACAGCUCUGAUGAUCAUUUUACCAGGGAAACAAAUAUCAGUUCUGACUGCAGCUGUAGGAAUCAUUGUUGUUGUUCUGGUUCUCAUCCUCUGUCUCUCUGGACUCAUGUGGUUCAGGAAGAAGGCCUCCAGAUCCCCCUCUGACACAAGAGACACAGCAGACGAUGGACAGGGAGACUCUAGUCCAGUGUAUGACAACGUCUCAAGCGUGGCCAUGACCUCUACUGCAGCACAGACAGGAGCCACAGAUGACCAGGAUGAUGUUCACUACGCCAGCGUCCACUUUUCUCGCUCCAGAUACCAGGAAGUGCCUCUGUACUCCACCGUCCAGCUGCAUCAACCACAGAUACAAGACGAAGAUGUCCAAUACGCUGCUGUGAAAUUCAACCUCCCCAGUGCUGCCACCCAGUGAGCAUAUUCUGUCAUUACAACAACAGGGUCAAUACUAUAACAUUGUGAACACACAGCAUUAAAGGAGACGUUGGAUUGUUUACAACCAAAUCUGGGUGUCCAGUAUGCUGCUG